AUAAUUUAUUGUCAUCGUGUAAUCCUCAUUACAUAGUACAUACACUACAUCUAAUGAGUCUUGCUUAAUUCAGCACAACCUGAAGAAAACUCCAAGAGUAGCAACAACGACAGUAACCUGAAGGAGAGUCUUAACGGGCCCUUAUAAGAGCUUCAAUGCUUGCCUAGUCUCUGUCGCUUCUUCAUACUCCUUCCUGUCUACGGGCGAAACUGCUCACGGAUACCCCUAACUACCUCGUCUCUCGCACAAACAUCUCAUUUCAACCUACGGCCUUACAGCUCCUACCGACUCGUGCACUUCGGCUUACGCUCCUUCUCCUUCAGGUAACAAGCAGCCAAGCCAUUUGAGGGCCCUUGUUCUGCGCCCUUUAGGGCGACACAACACAACGCGACCUCUCGCUGGUGGUUUUGAUCUCUUCCGUAAAUGGUGGCAUCUUUUCAGCACAGGCAAAUCGUACACGCGAACCCAUCACACCGGCUACUAGGGCAGAAGCCGUCAUCUUCUUAACUGACUACAACGAGUUAGUUGUGCAGAAAAAGUAUCGUCAAGAAAGCCUGCACUGGACUAAGGGUUUCUCCGUGUUAGACGAACCAGAACACGACGGACUGGGAGAGAAAGCCUUCUUGUUUAUCUGUUGUUUUGUUCUUCUUGUUGUGUUUACAUAGAUUUUGUUGAAGACGAUAAAGUUGGAACAAAAAAAAAUUAAAAAACGAUUAAACGGACUGCAGAAGAAUUAAAGAAUUUGUUGAGGCUAGGAAAAUCAAAAAUUGUUUUUGGCUUUUUUUCGGGAUCCUUUUCAAUACUGUUUUUAAUUUGAGUUUCUGCGUGUUUUCGACGGAACUCAAUAUCAUUAAUUUCAUACUUGUUUCAAUCUCCCUCUUCUACGUCGCUACACUGGCUAAUUUCCGUGGUUGACAAUGGCAACAUUCACUCCGCUUAAUGUGACCAGUGAGGAGCUAGACAAAGAGAAACGCACACUCGAAAUCCGGAUAGAAGAGGCUCUGCAGCUGUACCAAGUUGCACUGUCUGCUCAACAAAGAGGCUCGUGGGACACGGUCUCCAAACUGUACGACAAGCUCCUUAAUAUCAGUGUCAUUCGGAAUUAUGCCGACAUCGACUCUCUUGUUGCACAGAAAAACAACGCGCUUCUUAUGUUGCAUCACCUGGUGCGAAAGAAUCACGGUUUGUUUCUUCUUGACCGAUGUCGGAGCCGACCUGGCCCAGAUGGUCCAACUGCUCCUCGUGGGUUGUGCAUAGAAGCCUUAUCCGAGUUUGCGUUUGCUCUGGCUUGUGACCCAAACGACAUACAGCUGUGGUCGCGAGUUUCAGAGCUGCUUCAAAAACUUCGUCUCCCUAGACUCUACCGGUAUUCCCUCGAAAGCAGCCUUGGCUGUGCCUGGGAUUCCGCCGACUCGGCCUUCCAGUCACAAGAUUUGAUGGCUUUAAACCCGGAAAAAAUACACUCUUUAUACCUUUUAAACCAGCUGCAUGAACGGCUCCAUCUUCCCUUUCCUUACCGCCAUGUUCUUUCCCAAUUCCGUUCCUUGUACACUUUCCCUUCACAUUUUCCCUGGCUGCAUGCUUUUCCCGAAUCGGCGUCGCAACUUCUCCAACCAUCUGUACCCGUUUCGUUAAGUCUAAGGACAAAUGAUUUCCAUGGCCUUCUUGACUUAUUGCAGUCGGCGCUUGAAAGCGUCUGGUCUUCUAAAAACUCGAGACUGGGGUCCAUCCACAUAAUUUUUUCAUCUAUCCCAAAUUCUAGAGAAACCUCUGUACCGGUUAAACCCAAAACAAUUGAACACCCUGUUGGUCAAACGAUACAAUCAUUACUUUCUCCGCUUGAACCCGCCUCCACCGUCGAGCUUACGCGAAAACGCUCAAGCGACGACUUGGAGGGACGCUCGACCAAACGUUCCCGAGUCCGGGACUUGCGAGAUUCGGGCAAUCAUUCGUGUUUCACUUCUGUGUAUGCGUUACUGUACCCGUGCGGUUUCCAGGGUUUGAUUCAACAGAAACCAGAUGGUCCUUAUUUCUUUGAAACUAUUGACCAUAACUACGAACUCUUUAAUGACUAUCGACAGAUACUGCUUAAUUUUCCCAGUCAAGAAACUGCAAAUGAUUCGGAAAGCGAAGCAGAAGAUGACAGUUUUUCUGCUAUCGGCGAGUUUUCAAGGAUGAUGUUUUUCGACUUGACGAUGAGUAACGCUCCCCGACUUGAGCAGAUUGAUGUUUCCGAUCCUUACCUUAAUCUGCUUAUAAACAAAAUGAAUGCAAUGCGUUUUUCUGUACCUGAGUGUGCAGUGUUUUUUAUUUUAACAUUAUUAACGCCGAGGGAAGAAAACGCCCCUUUGUAUUUGACACAGUGUUGGGGCAAAAGUUUCCGUAUGAAAUUGACUUCGAUGAUUCUUCGUUUGGAGUAUGUGCUGUACAACAUUGUUUGCAAAAGUCUUGAUAAUUACAUUACUUUACAUUGUGCACAGUCUAUCUUCGAACUCUUUCUUGACGAUUAUUUCAUGACGGCAAAAGGCAGGAGUGGAAUGAAUCAUGAAGAACUCAUACUCGCAGAAGCAUUGUUAACAAAAAAGAAAAGUCGGUGUAUUCGCUGGCAACAAUUAGCAUUAAGAUUCUUUUCAUCUUCAAUGAAUGGUCCUACGCUUGAGAUCCUUCAUUUGCAACUUCGCCAUCACUGGGCUACGAACUUACUUGGUAGAAUUCGUGGAUAUGGAACUGAAGUAUUAGCCGAGAAUUAUACAAUUAUUCGCCGUAUGUUUGUUGAAGGUAACAUUACUUUGGAAAUUCCGAACUGUCAAUGUAUGUCCGAAAUUAACGCAGACGUAAUCGACUUUGAGUUGUCGAAGCUUGAAACUAUGGACUUUUUCAACAUUCUCUCACAGAAUACAAAAAAACUUGAUUAUUCUGCCGUAAUAUCCAACUUGGAGCCUGUCCUCUUGGGUGAUAAUGUGGACUCAAGAACUGUUAUUAUCACACAGUUUUUAAAAAAAUCUGCUACAGCAUUCCAGUUGCAUCUUUGGCAACUGCUUCGAGAAGCAUACGUUUCACACGGACAACCACAAAAGGCGCUGUAUUGUAUGACAAAAUCUAUUGAAGUGCUCUUCUCUCGACUGACCUCUACCAACUUUCAAUCUCAGGAAACUGAUCGUAGACAGCCAGAGGUGUUAAAACUCAUAGGCUGUUUUAUGAAGCUCGUUGACGGUACUUGGGAUAGCAUUGGCGAUACAAGCGCACCAUACAAAGGAUUAACAGCGGAUGUUCUUCGUGAACUAUUAACACACUUGCUUCUCUUUCUCAAACUUUUUGGCGUUUUUACAAUUGUCGAUGAGGAGAUUGCUGAAGGAAAGUUGCCCCAAUUCUCAAGUCCUGAUUUUAAGAAUUAUGCAGUUACUGCUAGAGGCUCUCUUAUGAAAGGUUGGUGUUUAUUUUACCGAGUCUUAGAAAGCUAUCUUGCUCUUCCUAUCAAUUCAUCAAUAGAAGCUAACAAAGUGCUACCGAAUCUGCUUACCACGUUACACGCGGCGUAUGGUGUAAGAGGCUACUGUGCUCAGGGAAAGUACUGCUUCCUAAAGCUAUCCCAGUUAGAGUGCCAACGGAUUGACCCCUGGGAAAAUGAAAAUGAGAUUCUUCAAUGUCUUCAUUGUCGUUUUGGAUUUCAGAUAUCCAGCGAGUACUAUGUUCCCACUGAUCAUGGUGCUCAGCCGAUGACUUUAACCCCAGACGAGAUAUAUCCUGUUAUUCCGUUCGUAUUGGGCUUUGCGGUUCGUAAAACACAUGGCUGGAUUAUGCCUCGAGCUGAUCAGAAAAAUACCUUGGAGUCAAUAUGCGAGACAGUUGGACCGCCUGAUGAAUCUGUAUUUGAAAUAUAUGCUAAUCAUUGCGCGGUGGAAAGCUUUUUUGAUUCGCCCAUUACUAGAAAAAGCGUAAACUGUCUUCUCAAUUCUCAUUCCGUAUUGAUUCUUAAUGAUGUACCUUUAGAGAAAGUCAACCUUCACGUCAGGAGUUUGUACUAUGCUCAAGCACAAAUUCUGCUUGGACAUUAUCGUUCUCGUGGCAAGGGUACUGGCUGUAUACCAGAUCUUUUAAAUGCGGUUGAGUAUUGUCUCAUGGAUUUGUAUAUAAAUCCGUAUAGGCAGGAUGGUUGGUACACAUGUGCUGCUUUGUAUUCGGCAAUCGUAGAAGAAGAACUUUCUUGGAGCGCUGAGCGGAUUCACUUUAAUAUUGAUGAUAUUGCGAAUUAUCAAAGAAGGGCCAUUUUAUGCUAUUUGUUCGCCAUUUCAUUGCCCUUUAACGAUACUGAGUACAGGGCAAAAGUCUUUUUUGACGCUGGCAUGGCAAUUUACUCUGCAGCGACUCAACCUACGCCGAUGUUAGCAUUUCAAUUGGACCAAGAUCGUGUAUGCAGUGGUUCUUCUGGUGUCUACGUUACGCAAACGACGGUUGUCGAUAGCAAAUGUGCGUUUUCAAUUGCGGCUGAUUUAUUCCUUGAGGCCGCCUCCAUAAAGGAACAAUGGCUUGAACAUUAUAUGGCUGCUAAAUCAUGUGCAAAAAUUAAGGAUUCCAAAACUGCACUGCAUCAUUUUGUGAAGGCUGCUGCAUUAGUACCUGAGAAAACAGGAACGGGGGCACAACAAUACACUAUUAUUGAGCCUCAUUAUUCACUAGUAUCAUAUCUUGGCAAGGUAGUACUUUCAAAGGAUAUUGAUCUAAAACAAGCCGUGGUUUUUGCACGAAAAUUCCAUCAUUCACCGGAAGUCAAACCAUCAUUCCUCGAGAACCCAGAAUUAGAUUUUAGCGAAAGGGAUUUUUUGUCUUACAUACUCGAAUGUCUUCGAGUGCUGAGGAAGCUUGACUCGAAGCACUGGUACCAUCGGCCAGUUUAUCGUAUCGCUAAGCUUUUGGAACACUUUGGAAACAUCGAGGGUGCAAAGGAAGAAAUGGAGUCUUUAUUUAGCAUACGCUCAACAGUAAAAGGUCUACUUAAUAUCUGGCGUCCUACUUAUGAGAGAGCUGGCAGACACUUUUAUUAUGCCGCUGAGUAUACUAAAUACCUUAUUUAUUUGACCCGGAAAACAGAUGACGUUGUUACACUUAAGCAGUUACUGAAACGCUUUCGUCGUUCAGCUCCUUCUGUACUUGAUCAUAAGCAGAUUUGGAUUGACGUGUUUGGUGCAUUUCUCCGGGAAUUUAGGGAACAAAAUCAUAUUGCCGUUCACGAGCCUCCCAGUAUUCAGCCUUCUCAUUUUAAUAUUGUGCUGAGUGCUAUUGAAAAGCUUAAUGAAUCCGCUUUCGACACUCUCCGCCAAAUUGCUGAAUUGCGUCGUUUAAAUAAUUCGCUUUAUCCAACAGUUGAAGUUGAUGACCUGCUGAUAGAUUGUUUCAUGAUUCUCUACGAUCAGUGCAAAAAGGGAAUAAUAUUUCCUGCUCUUCAAUUGCCGGAGACUGAACCUGUACCUAAUGCGAACGGCAAGCGGGAAUCGAAAGCGGUAAAAAAUGCCCAUUUGUCACGGAAAGAGCUCGUCUCAAAAAUCAUGCAUCUCACUCAAGCUGCUGCUAAGGAAUCAGCCGCAAAGGAUUCACCGUCGAAAUCGGGUAGUACAACUCCUACUACACUGUCAAGGCAGGGUACCAUGAAUAGCGAAACCUCUGUUGAUUAGGAAUUAAAUUCCUCAUCCGUUCGUUUGUAAUUGAUUGUGUGUAAUUUACACACGCCUAAUUAUUUCAUUUCAAAAAUUGUUUAGUUGUUUUUUAUAGACGUUUUAAAAUAUCCCUCUUAAUUUGUGCACCUGUUCAAAUAUAUAUAUUUGCCUUGUG